GCCCAGGCCGUGAGACUGGAAGGGAGUUUCCAUGGUGACGGCAAACAAGGCUCACACUGAGAGGCAGCUGCUCUGCUGCUACCCACGCCGUCGCCAUGAUCCCGCCCGCCGACUCUCUACUUAAAUACGACACCCCGGUGUUGGUGAGCCGGAACACGGAGAAACGGAGUCCCAAGGCUCGGCCACUGAAAGUCAGCCCCCAGCAGCCUGGGCCCUCAGGUCCAGUCCCACAGCCACCCAAGACCAAGCUCCCCUCAACUUCCUGUGUCCCAGACCCUACAAAGCAGGCAGAAGAAAUCCUGAAUGCCAUCCUGCCCCCCAGGGAGUGGGUAGAAGACACGCAGCUAUGGAUCCAGCAGGUAUCCAGCACGCCCAGCACCAGGAUGGACGUGGUGCACCUGCAGGAGCAGCUGGACCUGAAGCUGCAGCAGCGGCAAGCCAGGGAGACGGGCAUCUGCCCGGUCCGCAGGGAGCUCUACUCCCAGUGCUUCGAUGAGCUGAUCCGGGAAGUCACCAUCAACUGCGCAGAGAGGGGGCUGCUGCUGCUGCGAGUCCGGGAUGAGAUCCGCAUGACCAUUGCCGCCUACCAGACCCUGUAUGAGAGCAGCGUGGCGUUUGGCAUGAGGAAGGCCCUGCAGGCCGAACAGGGGAAGUCAGACAUGGAGAGGAAAAUUGCAGAGUUGGAGACGGAGAAGAGAGAUCUGGAGAGGCAAGUGAACGAGCAGAAGGCCAAGUGCGAGGCCACCGAGAAGCGCGAGACCGAGAGGCGGCAGGUGGAGGAGAAGAAGCACAACGAGGAGAUUCAGUUCCUGAAGCGGACCAAUCAGCAGCUGAAGGCCCAACUGGAAGGCAUCAUUGCACCGAAGAAGUGAUAACUUCCACGUGGGCCUCGGCUAACACCAAUACCCCGUCAUAAGCCCUUUGUAAUAAAAAGCUAGUUUCCUGAGUGAACAAGCCAGACCCUCCCCUGAUCACCACCUACAUACCAGUCAGAAGCCACACUGGUGCCCUGUGUCAUAGACACCUACGGUCGUCAGCCAGUCUCCUGGCUGGGCUAUGGAAGGUGGUGUACCCUGAGGACAGUCUCUGGAUGUGGCUUACCAGCCAAGCUUGGGAUCUGCCCCUCGUUUUGUUCACAGUUCAUCCUGUACCUCCACCGAGUCCUUCCUUAAUGCUGUUUUCUCAUCCCUACGCCAGUGCCUUUCCAGUAACUCCUCCCGGAGCCUUAGACUCAGGCCCUAUCGCCUUAUCCCCACCCGCCGAGUCAGCUGGCCCUUAGUUUCAGACUGCCCAGGUUAGGAAACCCAUGGCUUUGGACGAAGUAAAUGCUGCUGGAAAGGAAGACAAGUCUGUCCUCUGUGGGCCGUUUACACCUCAGCUCCUCCUUCACCAGAACUGUUAGCCAGUCAUUUUGCAGAAAAUCAAAUCCUGACCCUCUAUCCCCAUUAAUUCGUAAAUCUCACAUGCAGUCCUAGUUACUAACACUCAGGCCAUGGCCCGUAGUCAACCACAACUUAUUCCUCCUCUUCAGUUGGACUGGAGUCUGGAGGCCAGAAGACUCUUCCGUUCAGGGCAGCCCAGGGUGGGCUCGGGGGCCAGCAGGAUGUCUCCACCACUCAGUUGAGGUUCACCUGUUUGAUGUUAGUUCCCCGAGAAGGCAUGGACAUUUCCUCAGCUGGACUGCCUCAGUGCUGUGUUCCCCUGAAGAGGCCCAAGAAGGCACUCGAUCCUCAACAGAGCUCGCCCUGGAGGUUGGGGCCUCCAGGCUCUCCAGAACUACAAUCCCACAAGAGCUGGCCCCCAACUGAGCGUGCCCCACAGGCUCUCAAGUCCAAAGUCAAGCUUUUGCCCUAACCUGGCAUCCUGUGAGCUGUAAGACUCCCCUCUGACCCGCCUGCACGUCAUGUUCACGGGAAAGAACCUCUGCUCACUGAGAUCUGCUACUUCCAUGAUGUUCAGCUGUAAGGCGUGUCCCAGGGUCCACGUCACAGGCUCAAUGAGGAACAAAAGUUGCUGUCGCCAUUUCUUCAUAUCUUAAUGCCUUAAAAACUUUUUCACUUUCUUCUUUUUUUAAAAUCACUCAUAAAGCACUCAUUUAGAUCUGUUCAUAACACUGCUUUAUCAGCCCCUAAAGUUUGUCUACUUUCAUAGGCUAUCUGCAUUUUCUUACUUUACAGACGUAACUGAUUUAUACACCAGAAGCUGAAUGUAUAGUUUUGCCUAUUAGGCUACUUAACAGGGUUUUUUUUGAAAUUUUCUUUGAGUUCUAUAUGCUUCUGUUCAAAACUGCUAAUUAGCAAUUAUACCGUACAAGGGAAAUAACUUGUCACGUGUGCAUAACACACUUGUUGGAUACGUGUGUAACAGACCUGUCGGAUGUGUAACAGGGCCGCCCUCAGGAAGAAGUGAGGGCGAACUGAAGCACCUGAAAGUGCCAAUGGGUCCCAGCACGGAAACCAUCAAGCACAGACUCUUCUCAUUCGCAGUAGGGAAUGGCUUCAACUGUCACCUCAGAACAAGUGCACGAUGGCCCUAGAAAUGCCACCCGGCUUAAGCAAGAGGAACACAAAUUUUAUUAGCACAUUUUUAUAUUAAUUUAAUAAACACCUUGUUAAAUGUUA